CAUUCGUGAUGAUCCUUCCAUCAUGUCCAAAGAUACCAUCUUGUCAUUGCUUGAGUGCAUCAAGAACUACUUUGCCUCUACAACUGGACCUCCUAAGGGCUUUCAGGACAAGAUUUGCAAGGAGUGGUUGAAGACAUCCAUGGGCUACAAAUGUCCUGAUGAAUGUAUCCUAUUUGAUGCGAAACAGUCUUCUCUGUGCAUGGAAGAUGGCCCUUUCAUCGACGAAGCAUUCUAUGGUUCAGAGAUAGCCUCAUUCAAAGAUGCCCUUGCGAAAAUUGGAGUGAUCAUUGAUGUUAAUUGUGGACAAGAUCUUAUUGCUCGUCAUCUCAGAAGCCACAAGGAUAGAACUACUAUUUCCCGGAUCUACAUGUACUUGAUGAAGCAUAAUUGGAAGCCUGACAACAACACCAGCGAUUGGAUUUGGAUACCAAAGGAAACAGAGGGCGGAGAAUGGGUGAGCUCAAGAAGCUGUGUUCUUUAUGAUAAGAACAAUCUUUUUAGCCUGCAGCUACAUAUUCUGGACAAAUAUUAUGACAGGGAGUUGCUUGACUUCUUUUCAAUCACUUUCGAUGUGAGGCAUGGACCUUGUUCUCAAGACUAUUGCAAAUUAUGGGCCACAUGGGAGAACUCAGUUCACAUGCUCACUAUGUCUGAUUGCUUUGCUUUCUGGAAGUUUAUUGCAAUUAACUGGACGAAAAAAACAGAGGAACUUCUUUCUGGUUGUGUCAAGGUUCCAGUAUGUACCAAUGGCAAGAUCAUUUUACAAAACAAGGAGAAUGUGUUCGUUCCUGAUGAUCUAUUGCUUGCAGAUUUGUUCAACAAGCUUCAUCAUCAAUCGCUUUUCAUCUGGUAUCCUUCUUCCACCCCACCAUCCAUGUCUCAAGCAAGACUUAACAGAAUCUAUAGUAGCAUUGGUGUUCAGAGAAUAUCCAAAGCAAUCACGAAGAAUGAUUCUUUGACCUUAGAGAAUGGCCGUUUCAGAACAGUUGAUUCGAGCAAGGUGAUUAAGGUUGGCUUGCUACAGAUAAUUAUCGCAUACCUUGCUGAUCCUGCUCUCGACAUUCCUGCUGAAGAGAGGCAGGGGAUGGUUUCUUGCCUUCUGAAUGUGACUGUCCAAGAGACUGAUGAACCUAUCACGGUGGGCUAUAGUGUAUGCUUGUCAUCUGGAGAGGUUGUGGAGGUGAAGGCCUGCCGAAUGAUUCGGUGGGAAAGGGAGAAUUCUAAGCUGUAUAUGCAGAGCAGCGAUGGUGAAUCCAGCUAUGAAGAGAAGAUUAAGUUUGCAACCUACUUUGCAGAUGAGAUAUCUAAAGGAGUGCUCUUUGAAAUGGCAGAUCAGAUCCCUUCGCUUGCUGAACUCAUAAAAUUUGGAAGCUUACUGGACUUCCAGGAUGGUGCUGUUGGGUUCUUGCUGAAGUCCAAGAAUCUGCAGCUGUUCCCUGCAGAUGAGGAUUUUCUGAAGUCUUCAAUGCUAGGUGGUAGCAAGAACCAGUAGAGUUCUGUGGAAUGUGUUCUUUUGGACAUGGUCGUGGUUCCUGAUGGUUUAAAAAAUAUCUGGUGUUGCAUCGGGAGGCUCAUGAAUGUGACUGCCUGGCUGUCUUCUGUUAGACUUAAUAUAUUAGUAUUAUUGCUAAACAGUUAUCGCUAGUUUAAUCGUGGAUUUCGACCCUCUUGGAACAAAACUUGUCAGUUGUUUCACUGCAUAUGCUUAUGUAUGUGUGAUAUGACACUUCCUUGAGUGUGGUGCUACUAAAGUACUAAUAUUAUCGUCAGUGCCUUGUGUGUGCUUUGUUGA